GGAGUAACUGGUGUAACACUGGUUAGGUGAAUUUAUAGUGCCGUAAACGCUUUCGUCUUGCCAAACAAAAAUCCGGUUAAUGUGAUAGUAUGUCUAAAACUUCAAGCUAAGGGCAUUUCUUCAGAUUGGUGUUUCUGUGCUCCUUGCUAGCAGAUAAGACCAUGAAUGUGGUAGCACUGGUGUUUGCUAAGAGUGCUUUGACUUUACUCAUUUCACUUGUUUCAGUGUGCAUCUGGUUUUGGGGAUGUUUUUGGACCUGUGCACACACAUUAAUCUUUUUCGUGUGUUUUGUGUAUAUGCCUUGAAUGGAAGUUUGAAUUUUCAUACUCUCAUGAAAUAAUCUUUUAAAAUGUGUUAAUUUACUGACCCAUAACGCACAGUCUGUUAAAGUAAGCUUCUGCUUAAGUGCUAUUUACUGUUCUAUAGGCACAUGGUUUUGUCAGUUGAUACAAUUUUGUGCAAUACUGUAUGUAGAGUUCUGAGUUAUUAUAAUAAAUAUUGCCUGUUGGUAAAUGUGAAAGAUUCUUGAAAUGAUUCUUUUUACAAUAAUAAAUACAGGGCAGAGGGCAUGACAGAGGAUUAGGCUUGUAUUGCCUGGAUUAAGAAAUAGAUACAAUGUUCAUGUUACCUGAAUUCAUAAUUCUAAGGAAUAUUAACAAAUUCUGAGAAAGUGAUGGAGAUUGUUGAUACAGCUGUAUUUUCAUGAUGCUGGAGAGAAAGAACCAAGUCUUUCUUAUAGUCGGGCGGCUGGAAAUGCAGCAGCUGUCUUUAUUUUGAAGUUCUUACAGAACUUGGGGAACAAAAAAGCAAAACCCUAAAACAAACAAAAAAAUUCUUGUGCACCAGCAAGUUACUCCUGAUCUACUCUUUUUUGUAGCUCUCUUUGGAUGUCUCGAGAAGGAGGACAACUUGUUCAGGAAAACCUUAAACAGCUCAGUAUACAAGUCAUUCUGACAACAGAUGGCAGCACAAAAUCAUUUUGAACUAAAAAAGUAAGACAAAGGUGAUAGGAUUGUAAAAUCUAGUGUCAAAUAAUUAUUGUUCUGUGUGUGUUGAAUCCUAUCUGUCAGGCUGAUUAUGUUGUUUACUGAUCACUGUAAUUGUUAUUCUCCCAAUUUAUUUAAAUGGGCUUUACUAGCAGAAAAAUUCCCUAACUAUACCAUUUUGGUGCUAACACUGCAUUAUUUAUUUAUUUAUUUAUUUUAUGAAGCAGGUAAUUCUUCUAUGAUGCUACAAUUCUGCAAUCUCUCUUGACAAAAAUCUGUAGUUGUCUCAUGUGGCAAAGUACGUAUUUAUGUAUUUGUCCUGGAACAGCUCUGAAAAGAUUACCUGAAAAAUUACUUUUCAGCAUGACUAGCUUUUUAUCUGUAAACACAAUUUACAGGUAAAACUGUAAAGCCACACAGUGAGAACUUUGACCUUCUCUUUUCUUCUCUUUGCUUGUUCUUUUAAGAUAUGUGAGGAAUGCUGCUUCGUGAAGGUGAGCUAAAAUACAAGGACCUAGCAGAGCUCCACAUGCACUUGGGUUUGAGUGGCAUUGUAAUUGUUUUCAGCAGAAGCUGGCAUUUUCCUUAAAGAUACACUGAGGGAAGUUUAUUUGCUGAACUGAAGCAAGCUCUCUGCCAUCAUCUCUUACUGUCCCUUUGAGUGGGUCAUUUAUUUAACCUGUGUGUACCUUCACUGGUAGCAGCACUUCUCAGACUGUGGAACCUGUGUUCCUAGAUCAGAUCUAGGAACACCAGCUACAGUGUCUUAACCGCUGCCGCUUUUCAUAUAGUCCCACUUCCUGGGAACAGAUAGUUACUGCCACACGGGGGCAGUAAGUUUACUGCAAUUACCAUUCAUUCAAAAUGUGAAUUGCCUCUGCCUUGUUCCCAUGUUCUGUUUCCUCUGGUAUUUCAGAGAGUACUUUUUGCAGAUAUUGAUGGAAAUGAUUGUUGUGUUGGUCACCCUUAUUUCUGUUCUGUUCUGUUUUUCCUGUCUGUUUCUGAAGGAUACAGAUGGGUACAGGUAAGCUGAAUGCCAAAUCACUUUAAGACCUCCUGAUGCAAAGAGUAACAAAGAGCGGACCAUUUAUUUUUGCCAACGAGCUUUUUCUAUUGGUUUUCUUUCCUUUUGUCUCCUUGCUAGUAGUGUGCUAGUGUACUUCAUUAAUGCUAUAUCUAACUACAAGUUAAUGUGGAUCAAUUCUGAUGGUUAGCUUUAACCUCCAAAUGCUGGGAUAGUCUGAUCCAACAGGAUGAAGAAUCUCAUGUAAUAACAAAGUCUUCUUUCACAACAGUACUCUCAUCCUCUACACCUGACUUAUCUAGAUUUUAGCUAUUGCACAGUAAUUUUAUUACACAUGAUUUUAAUGAAAAGUUCCUUCUUUAUCUUACCGAAACUUAAUCUAGACAGCAAGAAUAAGUUCCCCUGGCUACUGAAAUGAGAGAGCCUCCAAAAAAAUUGGAAUAACCUAAAUAGCAGAAUUCAUUACACAGAGAUUUCCAGCCAGACAUUUCCUUUUUUUGACCAUGUGUUUUGAUCUUUAACUUGUUCAUAGUGAAUCAUCCAUGUAGACAUUUAAUUCCUAAUCACAGUAUUCUGAAUCAGUAUUUUUAUAUGGAGUAGCAAAACUGUUUAAAUUAGUGUGCUUUUCUGUUAAUUAUACUUAUUAUACUGGUAAGCUUGUGUCCUCCAUUUAAGGCUGCUGCCCCUAUCACAAAUUUGUAAAUAAGUGACUGAAAAUCAACUGGUGAGGCUAAGUUUGUGUUAACACGUUGUAUUUUGCCUAUUAGUAUUUCAAGGGAGGAACCAGUGUUCCCUUGCUGAAAUAUAGGAAAACCACAAUAUAGCAAUAAGCAGAGAUAAAGUGGUAGCCAGAGAUACCUGCCUAUGUCCUAGGUAGCCUGAAAUGCCUGCUAUGAGGUAAGCUAACUUAUACCACGUUCUGUUCAUGAACAACUUCUCUUUUCCACAAUUAAUCCAGAACUUAAAAGUGUUUGUGCAAUCCUUAAAUCCAAAGGCUGACACACAUUUAAAAAGAUCUUUUCCAUCCUCAUUACAGACAUGGUUCAGAACUGUGAAGCAGAAUACAAAGUCUCAAAACAACUGUCAUGAACUCCAGGUUUUGAUCAUUUCAAGGAAAACUUAAGUCUGCACAUGAGCCUUCCUUUGUCUUAAUGAAAUUUGUGCUGCCUGGGCUGUCAUAAGAUUGACUAGAACAGCCUUGUGCUAUAAUGAGGCCCAUAUGCCUCAAUAAAGAGGCUUUGCAUGUAGCACUUCUGAAAACAAUACUCUUGGUUUAUUAUUAAAUUGAAAAAUCUUUCCUGGAAAAUAGCAGUCUGGGGGGAAGCUGUCUGAGCUGUUCAGUGGAACUGCAAAGGUGGUGGCUUUGUUUCUGCUCAGCUGCCACACCCAGCUCCACCAGGUGAAGAAACUUGCCUCUGGUCGAUCACCUGCUGUGGAAUCAAAGUCUACAACUUGCCACUAUGCUCCUAACUCCCCAAAGUGGAGUCACAUGGAUCUGGUUGAACAACCUUAGCUUGCAACACACUGAAGGCAAAUGGAUCAGACUGAGGAUGGUAUGCUGCUGGAAGAUACAGAUCAGAAGCAGUCAUCUUCUGUGGGCUGGAAAGUGUCAGAGUUGUUAUCUUUCACAAAUAUCAGAAAUGAGCAGCAAAAUUACCUUUCACUUCUGGAGCAAACACACGUCUCUCUCUUCCAUACCAUACAGUCAGCAGUAAGAUCUAAUGACUGGGAUGCUGCAGCACGUAGCAAAUGCGGCUUUCUUUGUAAGAAGUCUAUUAGUAGUAGUUAUUCACAAAUAGGUAUUGCGAAGGAAAAUGCUGAGUCAUUAAGAAUAGGAGUGAGAAUUGCAGACAGCUCCAUAUCUGAAGAUGUCAAACAGCUGUCUGAAUCAAAGCCAGAAGUAUCUGUUUCUGGAGGACACAAAAAAUUCUAUGCUAGUGACUCGCUGCGAAAACAUAUUCUCCCUUACGUGUUUUUGAUCAAAAAUUGCCUUUCUAUGCCACUUUCUUUGAUCCAAGACAAAUGUUUCAGUGGAGAGAUAUUAAGCAAAAUACAGUAUUUAAGGAAAGAGAAGAGGAUCACAGCAACAUCAGAGACUCCUGUUUCCAAAUUAGAUGCUUCUGAAGUGCCAGAAGUACCAUAUGUUGUCUUCCGUAACCUGAGGGAAUUGCAAUGGAAGCUGUAUAAAGGCAUUGUGAAGAGGAGGGAGUCUAGCCGAAUUUUUUGGAGAGAAGCAAAUUAUGGAACUUUUACAAUACCGGAUGGAACAGCUGUAAAGACAUACUACAACCUCCCUUUGAUUUUUAAAGAUUCAGUAACUUUGUCAGUUUAUCCUGCAUAUCCUGUUCUACAUCUUGAAUUUAAAAGGAAAUAAAUAACUGCAGCUCAGAAGAGGAAGCAAAUAAAACUGCAAGUGCCUUAGGCAAUUAAAAAAAUUAUCAUUAUUUUUAGUGAUUCUUCAGUCUGUAGUAGUAGCUUGAAUUUGAGCCUGGAGUAUAACCUUCCCACACUGUACAAACGCAGCAUGAUAAGCUGACUUUUCCCCCCAAAGAUUUCAUUGCUCCAUGGAUGUGGUACAGCUGGACAUAAAUGUUAGCCUUCAUGAAAACAAGGUUCACUUAUUUCUCUGUCUGUCCUGGAACAUAAUAAGUAGCUGCUUAUGUAAAAACAUUAUGUCUUUUCCUGUAAACUGUAAUUCUCAGUCUAGGGAGUCUGGCUCAGUUAACUGCUAUUUAAGAUACCCCAGUCAGGGUGUUCCCAGGAAUAGGCACUU